AUGCGCUGCUUGACGUUCCUUGUGGUGCUCCAGGUUCUCAACGGCUCCUGCGCCUAUGCAGCAGAGAGCUGUGAGACCGAUGAGCUAGCAGCUGUUCAGGUGCUCCGUCGCAGUGAAGACGCAAGACCCCGAAGGCUCAUUCGCAAAUUCAAGCGUGCCAUCUAUGAGUGGAGCAAGAAGAAGAAGCACUACUACUACAAGACCACCACGCCUGCUCCGCCUCCACCGCCCCCACCAUCUCCUCCCAGCCCGGGCUGCGGGAAGGGUUGCUGCACCUUCAACCGCAUCGGAUUCUUUCAGGGCUGUCAGCAGGUUGAUGCGACAUGCAACGACACGAACCGAAGGUAUAGUAUUGACGCCGUGGAUGUGACAGAGGACCUGAAGACCGCUGUCUACACAAGCACGAGAUUCUCUGGCUCUUUCACGAUAGGUUUCGUGGACAUUACCGAUGCAGCGGUACCCACCCCCCUGGGUACCUUAGGAAUUCAGAUGAAGCCCACGGACGUGGCCAUAACGGGCUUCCUCGCACUCAUUGCCGUCAGACCACGUCUUUCGAGCCAAAGUCCCGGGCAGCUCUUGAUCCUGAACGUCACUACCAUGACCCUCCUGCGCACCAUCGAGCUUGGAGGUCAACCCGACUCCGUGGACAUCAGCCCGGAUGAGUACUGGGCCGCCGUCACCAUCGAAAACGAGGCCGAUGGCACCUUUCCUGAGGCCCCGCCCGGCUUCCUGGUGCGGGUGAACAUCUCCGACCCGGAUCCUAUGGCCUGGACCACUGACAACAUCAGCCUCUCCAAUCUCACAGGCGUUCUCUUCCCAGAAGACCCCGAGCCCGAGCAGGUGAGCAUCCGCAAGGACAACGUGGCGGUGGUCACGCUGCAGGAGAACAACGCCAUCGUCUUGGUGAACCUGACGAACGCCUCAGUGAUCUCCAGCUUCUCAGCCGGCACCAUGAACAUUUCGGACAUCGAUAUCUUCGAGGACCGGCGAAUCAUCUUGAACUCCACCCUGGAGAAUGUCAGCAGGGAGCCGGACGGAGUGGUCUGGUUGGGGAAGUCGGAGUUCUUCGCCACCGCGGACGAGGGCGACUUCGUAGGAGGAAGCCGCUCCUUUACGGUCUUCAACGAGAACGGAAACCUGCUUGAACUCAUUGCGGUAAGGCUCGGACACUACCCCGACGAACGCUCAGAGAACAGGGGCGUCGAGCCAGAGAAUGUUGCAUAUGGGCAGUUCCAGAACUGUGAGAUGCUCUUCGUCCAGUCCGAGAGGGCGAGCCUGACCUAUGUCUUCGAGGUGUCGAAUGCCAGCGACCCCAGAUAUCUACAGGCGCUGCCAUCAAUCAGGACCCCAGAGAAGGGGAGGGCCAUCCCUCGACGAAAUCUGUACAUCACCGCAUCUGAAGCUUCAGACCUCGAUCUCGAUAUCCGAUCCGGCCUGAACAUCUACCAGUGCCAGUCAACGCAAUAUCCAUUCUUGGAGUCCAGAAACGUGAAUGGCCUGCCCAUUCCUUGGGGAUCUAUUGCGGGACUUACAGGAGAGGGUAACGACACUCUCUGGGCUGUGGAAGGCGCGUUCUUUGCUGAGCCGCAAAUCCUCAGAAUCCAAAGUACCAGGCACCCCCCAAGGAUCAACAGGGCCAUCAGCAUCACCUAUCGGAACGGCACCUUCUUGCAGGACCUGAACAUUUCCGGAAUCGACAUCAACGACGAGGGCUUCGUGAUCGUCGACCAGACGACGGACAGCCUCCUGCUCCUCAACAACAACGGUGUCUUCCAAGACUCUUUCCUAAUCAACGCCAGCGAUGCUCCUUCCGGCGUGGCAUAUGACCCAGAUGUCGGCUAUGUGGUCACGACGUACGGGGGCACGGUGUUGGUGUGCAACUUGACGACACCCGUCUGCGGCGAGAAGACCUUCACUUAUCCCCUGGAUGCUCCGGAGUCGCAGGACGGUGGGGUGGUGGCGCUGCGUGACAUCGCAGCGCUUGGCGAUGGCCACUUCUUGUUCCUGGAGACGGACGGCCAGGGCGGCUUCGACGCAGCCGUGCGACGCAUUUACAAGGCCGAGCUACCAGAAGGCAAUGAGACGAUGAUCGAGAAGACCUUGGUGGAAGACUUCUUGCUGGAGCUGCAGGACUUGAGGGGUCCAGUGCUUCAACGUUUUGACAGCCUCGCCGUCACAGGGGACUUGGAGGAUCCUUAUAUGGACAAGCUCACGCUGUGGGUCGUCAACGACAACGGCGAAGAUGAGGCAAUGCAGUUUGAUCAGGGGGCGGCUGCGGCCGCGACGAGGCACGGUGAAUCGAAGUUGCAGGCGAGGCAGCGUGGGAUUUCUCUUGAGAUCUCAACCGGCACAUCUGCGUCUUACCCGCUCACUCCCAUUGGCAUCUUCAGCACUGGUCUAGUCCUUUCGACCAUGGCAUGCCGGCAGCAAGACGAACUUGAGUGGCUUCCAACUUCUGAUGUCCUCUCUUCCGCCGUGAGCGCCUGCAAGGAGACGCUGAUCUUGAUCUUGACUUGGCUGAUGGACGUCUUCGGGUACUUCACAGUCCCUGAGAUUAAUGGCGAGGCGGUGACAGCCUUCCUCAUGCAGGUGAACAUCUCUCCGAUCUCCGCGGUUCUGAUUCUCCUGGCUUUCCUUGCAUGCGCGGCGGUGAUUGCGAUUGUCUUCAGGCGCCGGUCCGCGGGACAAGGCGAGGUGACGGCUUACGAUGCUGUCCUGGCCUUCGACUCGCUGGCUCAAUUCCUGGCAACGGGAGAGAUCAAGCUGCUUCAGUUUGCAGCCUCCAAGUUUGAAGCAAUGCAGGAGCAGCGGGUCCGCAUCGUUGCCGUGGUGGGGCUGUUCGACAAGGGCAAGACCUGGCUGACGAACAAGCUCUUCGGGAAGAACCUCCCAAGUGGAAAGCUGUUCACGACCAGAGGGCUGAGCUUCCUCUGGGUUCCGGAGCGCCGGAUGCUUGUGCUGGACAGUCCUGGGGUACAAGGAACCGUAUCUUACAAGUCCCGAGACGUGGAUGCAAUUCUCGACGCGCGGACAACCGAGUCGAUGAUGUUCGACAUGAUCUCUAGGAUUUCCCACCACCUGAUUUUGGUGGUGAACGACAACACCUGGCUGGAGCAGGAGUACGCAGCCAUGCUCUUGCGGGUAUUCGGGGAGGGGCUGAUCGUCGUGCACAACAUGCGGAUGACCUCGUGCGCAAAGGAGGCCCAAGAGCUUUUCGCCCGCCAAAUCACCCAAUGCUAUGAAGGUGGGGCCUCCCAUAUGGGGAACCUGCUCUUCACUGCUGAGUUGGGGGAGUCGGCUUCCCCUGUGCAUCAUGUCGGCCUGUGUCAAGAAAACACAAAAGCAGGAAAGCUCUUCAACAAGAAGAACUGUGAUUACUUGAUGCAGCAGCUGGAGCACCGCCACACUUUGGGCUCUAAAGUUGUCCUCGCAAAAAUGCUGGAAGCAGAGUUCACCAGGUUAGUCCCAAAGUUUUUCCUGGUGGAGACCGCACCCGAGCUCGACAAGGGCGUGCAGGAGCUGCGGGUCGAAUAUGACGAGUACACUGCAGCGCGAUACAAAGAACCUGAGGCAGAAGGCGACUAUGUGGUCCGGGGCGUGAUGAAGCUGGUGUCACCACGGCAAGAUGCUCAAAUCACCAUGAAGAAACAAGGCGUGAUCUCGCGACUCGGGGAGAUCAUCGCGCACGACGUCAGCUUCGAGCCCUGCGCAAACGUCUUCGACCAGCGGGUCGAGGAUGGCACGGAAAGGCUCAUCCAGAUAGAAUGCCCUGGAGUGAGCGAGGAGGACAUCGAGUGGGAGGAGCUCCCAGAGCUCAGCAACGGUGUGCAAGUCACCAUCAAGAAAGACAAGCGCAUUGAUGAAGCAGUUGUCCAGCCUGUGCAGCCCAUCAUGCAGAGACUCGGCUAA